UGGAAACAGUAGGGCCCCGUUCCCUUGAUAUGGCUUUUCAUGCUGUUCCUCCCCUGUCACUGUUCUUUAUGGUUUGCAGCUUUGCCAAGGUCAUUUCUCCCGGUUGAUCAAAGUCGGAACAUGCAUUCUUCCUUUGGUCGCAACUAUGCCUGUCCUGUCAAGCAAAAGGCCUUCGCCAGUUUCAUGUCCUGCCUGCAAUGUUCAGCAAACAGCACACAAGCAAACUGUCAUGGCAGCAUAACCAUCCGCUCCCUGCCACGGGAAGAUUCUUAGCUUGCUCCCAAGCCCCUCAGUGUGCGCAACAAAAGCUAUGAUGCUGUUACAAGCCAUGAACGCGAGACAAGCUAUGCUGCCCGGACCGCCCGGCCUCCAAGGCCUCCCGUGCAUCUGCGGCCUCAACAUGCGGCACUCCCUCUACCCAGAAGAUGAAGUUCAGAGCGAUACCUGCGGCGACUGGCGCCACCGUGUCUGCAUGGGUGUAGACGACGACGAAGGACACUUUAACCCAGCUACUCAACAGAGUAACUGGCAUUGCGAAGCCUGCCGACCCCAGCGUCACCUCAUCACACUCACUGCGCUUGCAACAGGCCGACCAUUGAUCUGGCAAUACCGGCAAGAACGAGCGGACGACCUGCAGCACCGCGAGCUGUUGAUCGAGAUGGCGACGGCGCCUCAGGUACCGUGGGCGCCGCGCUUUGCACGCUACGAAGGGCCAGCGACGCCGAGAAAGCGAGCAGCUGCGGUAAGGCAGACAGUCAAGGAAGGCAUGGAAGUACUGCUCAACAUGAUCGCGAACAGAGACGAGAACGAACGCUUCUUCCGCGUAGUCGCUCUGGACUUUGUGCAUGAACGGUGGGACAGCGUGCUCGAGCGCGUGCUGCUCAUGGCGCACUGGGUCUCGUUCUCCGAUCGCUCCGCACUCGUGCUGAGGGCCACGCUUCGGAAAAGCUUCGCCAUCGGCAUCGUGUUCCCGCGCGAGGCGGUCUUGAGCGUGGGACCUACGGAUGGAAGUGUAGAUGAGGACAGCGAUGUUAUCGACGGAGGCUCUGGGGCGGUUGGGCAACCAUGGAACGGAGCGAAUGGGUUACUCGUCCUCUUCAUCCUGGGCUGUAUGGGCUAUAUAGCCUUGUACGGAUCUUGACGGAAGAGUGCAUUCAAACAUGCCUGCGGAGGUA